AUGUCAAAGUCCAAAGAUGUGGAAAUGAAAGAUGCUGAAAAUGGCUCCGUUGACGCCUUAGCAAGCACAAAGCAAGUCAUUGAAGAGAUUGAGCUGUCCUUCAACUUGUUGGAAAAAGCAGCGACCUCCUUUGACAACAGAUACGUUUCCAAAGUCUUGCGAGACUUUGCACCGUUGAGGAAGAAAUUGCAGGAGAACGAGCAAGCUUUACCCACCAUUGUCAACGACUACAUCUCGGGAGAUGCGAAAAAAUAUCUUCUCAGCUUGUUACCAGCGCCACUUGAUGCCGAAGCUGACGGCACCGAAAAGAAGAGUUCACUUACUCCCGAAGUCGAGCUAUACAUUUAUUUAUUGGUUCAAGUACAUCUAUUAGAUUUAGACAGGAUUGACCAGUUGAACGAAUUGAGCCCGCGCUUGAUCAAGUUGAUGAACUCAUACAAUAGGCGCUCCUUGGACUUCAUCCAAGCCAAGGUCUGGUUUUACAUCAGCAGAGGUAAGGAAUUGGCAGGCGACUUGAUUUCUAUAAGACCAGAGUUGUUGUACAGCUUGAGAACCGCGAGCUUGAGACACGACACCGAGAGCACAGCUUCAAUCAUUACCUUGUUAUUGAGAAAUUACUUGUUGUCUCAUGAAAUCCUGCAAGCUGCAAACUUGGUCGAAAACAUCCAGUUCCCUGAACACGCAGCCAAUGCAUUGGUCGCGAGAUACUAUUACUAUUUGGCGAGGAUCAAUGCUAUUCAGUUGGACUACUCCACUGCUCAUGAGUGCGUGAUUGCAACUAUACGGAAAGCUCCCCAGACCAAAUUGGCCAGUGGGUUUGUUCAAAGCGCCACGAAAUUGAACAUAGUCAUUGAGCUUCUCAUGGGUGAAAUCCCCGAGCUCAAGACAUUCAAAAACACCUCUGGUAACUUUGAGCCUUAUUUCCAAGUGACACGAGCAGUCAAAUUGGGAGACUUGAAAUUGUUCGAAGAGGUGUUGAAAAAGUACGAGUCGGCUUUUAAAAGGGACAGCAACUACACCUUGAUCUCAAGGUUGCGUCAAAACGUUAUCAAAACAGGUAUCAGGAUCAUUUCGUUGUCCUAUUCCAAGAUCUCCUUAAAGGACAUUUGCAUUAAAUUGCACUUGGACUCGGAAGAAGCCACGGAAUACAUAGUCUCCAAGGCAAUCAGAGAUGGAGUCAUCGAGGCCACCAUCAACCAUCAAAAGGGAUACAUGCAAUCGAAUGAAUUGUUGGAUGUUUACUCAACCAAAGUUCCACAAGCGGAAUUUGACCAAAGAAUCAAAUUCUGUUUGACUUUGCAUAACGACAGUGUCAAGUCGAUGAGGUUCCCAAACGAUAGCGAGAACAAGCAGGCGAAUAAGGAGAUUGAACCAAGCGAUGAAGUUGAAUUGUUGAAAGCUAUCGAAGAAGGCGACCUAGAUGAUUUUAUGGAUUAG